AUGCAUCAACCACAAAGCGAAGACGGCCCAUUCGGUCCCAUCGUCAAUGGAACAAUGAUAGUUGUAUUUUAUCAGUAUCGACCAAAUCGAGAAGCAGGAUACGCAUUCAUGGUUCUAUUUGCGAUCGCGACUCUCGCUCAUCUUGUCUACCUCAUACGGCUGAAAGCCUGGAUCUUUAUUCCGUUUCUUAUGGGCGGCCUUGCUGAGCUCUUUGGCUACUAUGGCCGAGCAUUGUCGCACGACCGCCCCGACAAGGUCGGACCUUGGAUACAACAAAACCUCCUCAUUCUCGUUGGGGCACCACUGCUCACAGCCACAAUCUAUAUGGCACUUGGGAGGAUCAUAACUGCUCUUCAAGCCGGACAAUAUUCCCUAAUCAAGCCUCGCUGGAUGACCCGACUCUACGUCCUGAUAGACGUCGCAUGCCUUGCAAGCCAGCUUGCAGGCGCUGUCAUGCCAGCCUCCGGCGACGCCAAUCUCAUUGAGCUCAGUCGAAAAAUUAUCCUUGGAGGGCUAAUCCUUCAGCUUGUUGCUCUAUCAAUUUUCUGCUACAUAACUUGGCAUGUAUCCCGUUCGAUCAGUCGGCGAGAAGCAAAAGAGUUUUGCAAAGAUGCUGGGGUCAACUGGAAAAAUCACUUCAGGACUGUGCUUCUCACGGCCAGCUUCGUUUUGGUCAGGAGUCUGCACUCAUGUGGUUGGUUAUGGUGGCAUUUCUGA